AAAAACAGGGAUCAUAUGUUGGGAAAUAUAUUGAUAUAAAGAAAGCAAACAACAACAUCACAACGUUUGCAGCAUUCGUAGCCAGCGCAGAGAGGAGUAGACGCUAGGUUUGAUGAGACGGGAAUAAACGGAUGCUGAUCCAGUGUCACGUUCCCCAGCACGAUGGCACCCUCUCUGGCCACUGCCUUCUCGCGGCGCUGGUGGAUGGCGGUCACGGCGGUGAUGGAGAACCUGCUCUUCUCUGCCGUGCUGCUCGGAUGGGGGUCUCUCCUCAUCAUGCUCAAAUCCGAAGGCUUCUACUCGCACCUGUGCAGAGAACCAGGAAAUAGUACUGCACAGAAUGUGUCCGGGGAAGAGGCCAGACCCACAGUGAGCCCGACACACACUGACGAUGAGGAGGAUGAAGAAUUACUGCAGAUAAACGGCUGGCCCAUCUGCAAGGACCAGGAUGAGAUGCUGAACUUGGCCUUCACUGUUGGCUCCUUCCUCCUCAGCGCCAUCACCCUGCCACUCGGCAUCAUCAUGGACAAGUACGGACCACGGAAGCUCCGCCUACUGGGCAGUUCCUGCUUCGCCCUCUCCUGUAUCCUGAUUGCCUAUGGAGCCAACGACCCGAGAAGUCUGUCCGUGCUGAUCUUCUUUGCCCUGGCGCUUAACGGUUUUGGUGGGAUGUGUAUGACCUUCACCUCUCUCACGCUUCCCAACAUGUUUGGAGAUCUUCGCUCCACGUUCAUCGCAUUCAUGAUUGGUUCCUACGCGUCCUCUGCUGUUACCUUCCCUGGCAUUAAGGUGAUCUAUGACCUGGGCGUGGCCUUUAUCACCAUCCUGCUGGUGUGGGCGGGGUGCGCUGGCCUCGUCUUCAUCAACUGCUUCUUCAACUGGCCUCUGGAGCCUUUCCCUGGUCCCGAGGACAUGGACUACACUGUGAAGAUCAAGUUCAGCUGGCUGGGCUUUGACCACAAGAUCACAGGGAAGCAGUUCUACCGCCAGGUGACCACCGUGGGGCGCCGGCUGAGCGUGGGCAACUCCAUGAAGAGUCCGCCCACUACGCUGGCCACGCAGGAGGGCAACCAGCUCUGCCUGUCCACUGUCGACCUGGAGGUGCAGUGCAAGGCUGGUCAGGAGUCCCAAUCCUUCAUGCGCAGUGUUUUCAGUCCGAUCUUCCUGCUCAGUCUGAUCACCAUGUGCGUCACACAGCUGCGUCUGAUCUUCUACAUGGGAGCCAUGAACAGCAUCCUGGAGUCACUCACUGACAGAGACCUGAGCACAGUGAGCACAUACACCUCCAUCUUCGGAGUGCUACAGCUGCUGUGCCUCCUGACUGCUCCAGUAAUCGGCUACGUCAUGGACUGGAGACUCAAAGAGUGUGAGGAGGACACCCAGAAACAAGUUGCCAAAGACCCCACCCAGCCAAAGAAGCGGGACAAACAGAUCCAGAAGAUCAGCAAUGCAACCCGAGCCUUCAUCUUUACCAACAUGCUGCUCGUGGGCUUUGGGUUCACCUGCCUGAUCCCCAACCUGCCUCUCCAGAUUUUGUCCUUUGUACUGCACACUGUUGUGAGAGGAUUCAUCCAUUCUGCUGUGGGGGGCUUAUACGCUGCUGUGUACCCUUCCUCCCAGUUUGGCAGUCUGACGGGCAUGCAGUCUCUGAUCAGUGCGCUCUUCGCUCUGCUCCAACAGCCCCUCUUCAUGGCCAUGAUGGGCCCACUGGAGAAAGACCCUCUCUGGGUGAAUGUGGGCCUGUUGGUUCUCAGUCUGCUGGGAUUCUGCCUGCCCUCCUACCUGCUCUGCUACGGUAAGCAGCUGCGGCGUCAGAAACAGGAGCGUGAAGACGACCCCAAGAUCCACACGCAGAUCACCAACGGCACAAACCUGCAGGCCUGCGUGUGAGGGAGGAUGCGCCCAUGCUUCCGGCAGAGAGAGAGAGAGAGAGAGAGAGAGAGAGCUGGGAGGAGAGGAGAGAGGGAUGAUGGCCUCCACCAGAGUGAUCCUACUUUCAUGCAUCUGCACACAUCAUCACACUCACACACACACACUCACAUACACGCACUCAUACACACACACACUCACACACACACUCACACAC